AUGGAUGUAUUUGUGAGUAUUGUUUAUAAGCUUAUGGAAGAAAAAUAUGAGGAUGAUUUUGUGGAUCGAAUGCAUUAUAAAUAUACUCCUUUAAUUAUUCUCUUAUUGGGUUCUGUAAAUAUAGCUAAAGUUUACCUUGGAGAAGCUAUUAAUUGUUUUCAAAAAGCUGAAUUUAGACCAAGUUGGGUACAAUAUUCAUAUUCUUAUUGUUUAAUUGAAAAUACAUAUUUUCUUCGUACAAAUGAAUCUAUUCCAUUAGAACAUGAAACUAGAAGAGAAAGACAGAUAGCAUAUUAUCAAUGGGUACCAUAUAUUUUAAUACUUCAAGCAUUAAUUUUUUAUCUUCCUCAAUUAAUAUGGAGAUCAUCAAAUUGGUUUACUGGUCUUCAUAUAGGAAAUUUUGUUCAAACAUUUUUAAAAGAUAGAUUUGGAGAGAGAAUCGAUGAAAAUGCAAAAAAAGUAGCUAAAGCAAUUGAUGGUGUAACAGAUAUUAGACAUAAAUAUUUUGGUAUUAUUGAUGUUAAUAGAUAUAUAACUAUUUUAUAUUUUACUAUGAAAAUAUUUAAUAUGAUUAUUGUUCUUAUAAAUAUGUUUAUUUAUGGACAAUUUAUUGGUGAACAUUUAUUUGGUCUUAGUGUUAUUAAACAUUCUGGUGAAUGGAGAAAUUCAGGAUUAUUUCCUCGUGUUACUGUAUGUGAUUUUACAAUUAAUAGAAUUGGACAAGAAACUAAUUAUACAGUAGAAUGUGUAUUACCAUUAAAUAUGUUAAAUGAAAAAAUAUUUGUUUUAUUAUGGUAUUGGAUGUUAAUAUUAUUAGUAGCAAACUUUAUUAAUAUUAUUAAUUGGAUUUGGGGUCUUUCAAAUAGAGAUAAAUUUUAUAGAACAUUACAAAAUUUUAGUGAUAAUAAAAGAAAAUAUCAAAUAUAUUUUUCACAACUUAAUAAAAGUGAUAUUUUAUUAAAUGGAAGUGAUGAAUUUUUACAUAGUGAAGCUGAAAGAGUUAUAACUACAACAUAUAAUAAUUGGGAUCUUUAUGUAGGAUUUAGAUUAAUUAAGGCAAAUCUUAAUAUAUAUACAACAUCAAAAAUAUUUGACUAUUGGUGUGAUCAACAAAAACCAUAUGAAGAACAGAUAGAAAAUGAUCGAUUUUAUAAUUAUAAAAAAUAA